AUGCACCAAUCUAUUAUACGCUCAACGCUGAAAAAUAUUCGUGAAAACGCUCAUUGUGAGUCGACGGAUCCUCUCCCUGCCUCUAAUUGUUUACAAAAUCGUGAACUUACUCCUAAUGCCACUGAUGCUGUCUGUGAUAUUGGAAAGGAAGACUUUGGCUUGGAGACGUUUGUUAACCAGGAUAAAAUCAGUAUCCAAGUAGAUGGUGGUAAUCUGUCUAUUAUUCGUUUUGACAAAUUUAAAGUACCCCGCGAUGCAUUGCGACGAAAAGCGUCCCGUUCGAACGACCGACCCAAGCCUUCACUAAAUGACUCUCAUAGAACCCUCAUGGACGUGGACAACAGAAAUAUUUUGCCUAAACUUCGGUAUUUUGCCACUGUGGUUCUUCAUGAUUAUCCCAUUGAAUUGAUUCUACAGAAACCGGUUUUCAUUAAGCUCCUAUCUGCUUUACUUGCAAUAUCUAAGAGUAUGCACGUUCAAGAAGCAGCAGUUGAUUGUCUGAUACAAAUUUGCCAUAAGAUAACCGCUCGAAUCCACUACUUUGCCAAUCCCGACAACUACCGUGCAAAGAAAGUUUCAGCGAACCCUGACACAUCUGAUGCAGAUACCUUAUCAGACCACUUGCAGGCGUUCCUUAGUGACGCCACGGUAUCCGCAUCGCUCUGCAGCAGUCUUCUUCCGCCGAGCGUCUUCAAAAUCGCCGACGAUCCAUCCAUCCCCACGGUGUGCGUCGCACUAAUGAGUGCAGCCCUUUCGGGACUCGCCAAUCCCCGGACCGCCAGACGUGGAAGUCGUCUCUUGACCGCCCAAUCGACGGCAGUCAAGCGGGUCGCCAUUUUCGGGCCACUUAUUCGCCUGCUCAACACUUCCGCCGACCUGUUGCUCCUUUGUGCGCUAUCUGUGCCAUCUGAUGCGGAUCAACCCGUCGGCUUGGACCUGCUGUCGUCGACGAAACCACCGUUAAAAGACCUGCUACCCACGCAACACAUGAUAGUGGGGUUUGAGAAUAUGCUGGAACUAUGGGGAAUUAUGAUCUCCACGUUUGCCUCGGCCUGGCGACGUGACCUCGAUGGCGACUCUUCUUCGGACGCACUGUCCACGCUUCGUUACUCGCGGUGCGUCUACAUCGCUCUGGUGCGCACUCUCUUUCGUUUCGUCUCCGCUCUGUGGACUCCUGAAUCCUGUGCCUACGUCCUGCCCACAGUGACGGCCUUCGAGUUGUCCCUGGCCCUCUUGGACCCUCAUGUCCUCCGUCCCAGCGCCGAUUCGACGAUCUGCGGCAUCGACACAGACGUCGGUUUGGCUGCGUACGUUCGGUACUUGGACCCUGAAAUCAACAUCCACUGGAGGACCUUGACGGGCUUGAGGAGAGCCGUGAGGUCUGCUGUCGAUUUCAUGCGUGGCGUGGUCUCCUUGGCGGAAUCAACCAGACCGGCGUUAGAGAGUCUCCUGAACCAGGCGAUUAGCGGACUCGAGGCGGUUGAAUUUCUUUCGGAAAAGUUCGUCAAGAAAUUCGUGCAAUUUCUUGCUGAGCUCCCGCUGCAAAUCGAUGAAGAUCAUUGCGGUGCACUGUUGACGCGAGGUCGGCAUCACUUUCUGAUGCUUCUCAGUCAUUCCUCUGACGCUGUCCGAAGAGCCGCAUACUCGCAGACACACAACAUCCUCUCGACAGGCAUAUCAGUGGACCAGGCUGCGGAUCCCACCGCAAUGAAUUACAAAUGCAUCACGCUCCUGCUCUCGAGUGAAGUCCUCGGCGAAAUUGUGGAGUUUGGUCUCCACGACGCGGUGCCAGAGAUCGCGUCGAUAGCCAAGGACUGCAUGCGUGUGCUCCUGGAUGCCUACCAACUAAUACCGGACCAGCUGUGGCGGACGUUCGUCCAACUCCUGGCAGCCACGAGUUGCAACCACCCCGUGGGCUGCACGCGUCGUGCCACCAGCACUGCCUGGACCCCCCUUGAGCCUCUUCUGGCUGGUUUGGCUCCGCUUGCCAACGGUUGCACGGACAAAGACGCCUCCACCGGCGCCAACUCUAGUGAGACGCUCCUCGCUGAACGCGUUCUAGCCGCUUGCUUGGGUCUCGGAGGCUUCGAGCCUUCUCAUCCAACUUCUGACACACACGCCAAGGACAUUCGAAACAGCCUCCUGCUUCUCCUUCUGCCGCUUCCAACAGUUCGCGUGAAAGCCGCCAAGCAAAUUACCCGCCUUCUUGACGCUGCCUUCAGCUUUGUGUCAACAGCCGACUUCUCACCUCUCUCCAGACAGCCGUCUCUCGGCUCGCGUCGGCAUGUCGUAGACGACGUCCUGGAGCUACAGAGCCCGGAAGACGUUGAGAGCACUCUCUGCGACCUCCUCAUCUUCUCUGAAGCACAGCCCGUCUCUGAAAGCAGCUUUGGUAACCUUCAUCGUCUAACUUCUGGACUUGCAGUUCCAAGUUCAUCGCACGACGACGGCGGAAGUACCCCUGUAACCGCGUUAGAUUCCUUCAACAAUGCCCUCGCCCUAGUCACAAGCGACACGGCCGAAGUCGAUGUGCGGUGCACAGCGGGUGACCGAGUCUUGGCCACGUUGUUGUGUGGGUUGAUGCUCUACCGCCUGUCUCUACACACCCUCAAAUUCACCUCUGAAACUGCCGUUUAUCGAUAUGUCGUUUUAGCCCCUGACGGCCUGAGGUGUUGGCACGAGGCGGACGGUCCGGGAGUUGCGAUUGAAUGGGUCUCCGCGAUGCCAAGCAAACUGGAGACCCUGUCGAAGAAGCUCCGCAUUGAGCCGGUCAUUCGCACUCAGCUAGCCACCCUCCAGUUCGCCACCACCCACGACACCGAAACACGCGCCAAACUCGCCCUCGCGCCGUCCACACUGCACUCACUCCUGUUCGUUGGUUUGUGCUUCUGGCGAGACGAACAGAUUCGCCACUGCGUGUCGCACCUCAUUGCGCUGCUCAUCUUCCAUCCGGUCAUCCGGGAAUCCGACAAGUGUUCAGUGUGUCUGCCGGAGGUGAUCGCUUUGUCCUACUGCCUGCCCUUCUCGUGUCCAGUGUACUCCAUCACCUCCCGCCACAACGUCCAACAUCAUCAAACACGGUUCGCCCAACUUCAAGCGCAACUAGGCUUGGCCAGGAGCUUCCUCACGAAGACCACCAACGCCGACACGAGGAAGUCGGACGAGGCUGGUGGGACAGGGCAGGUGCCAGAGCGGACACGUCUGGUGGCUGCUGGCGUGCUGCACUCACUCAGAGUGAUGUGGAAUCAAGUCUGCGGUCUGUCGGCGUCGACGGCGGAGGACGCGUUGACACUCCAACGCAGCGUUUGUUCGGAAAAGUUUGUCGAUGUCAUGGAAGCAGACGGAAUCGGUGCCGAUUCGUCGUCUUACCAUCCCGUUCGAGUUGACCAUCGUUAA